AUGGAUGCGCCUCAGGAGAGUCACUUUAUUCUGAGGUUGCCUGAGCGUCUGGCAAAGCGCUUGCGAGACGCGUUGGAGGCGAGCGCAUGGGAUACUGUCGAGGACGCUACUACCAGCGUCGGCGGGCGACGUACAGUAGCUGCCACCGCUGUUGAUUCGGUCGACCAGGGGUUUUCCAGUGCUGGCAACAGUCUAGCUGCAGAUAAUACUGGUCAGGCGAGCACGCGGCAGUUGCUGGCGUCGACGAAGACCGAACAGUUUUGGUUGGUUUUCUUUCCGGAAAAUCGCAAUGGCCGUCUAGCUGCGCUUCGUAUCGGGAACGAAACGCAGUACGAAGAGCACUUUGGCUUCAUGUUCGAUCUUCCGUGCAUAGUGGAGUCAUGGAAGACUUUAGACGGCCGCACAGUGUACAAGUGCGCGGACGUGCACCAAAUCCUUCAGAUCUACGAAGACCCGAAGGAUCUGCCGACCGGCACAGAAGAGACCCUUGGGGACGGAUUAACGCCCGCUAGUCGUGGCUUCCUUGAACGCCAUCGGCCAGAAGAACCCAAGUAUUCGGCGAUAGAGGUGGCGCAGCAUGAGGAAAUCAUCAAGUAUGCGCUGGACUUUCGAAAACCGUGGAAUGGGCCGAUGCCAGUCUCAGUGGAUGUUGACGAAGAGGUCGUAGAGGAGGAGAUCUGGGUGCCGCUUCCCAAAGAGGAGAUGCCAAAGCCGCCAGAAGCAUCAGUCAUAACCCAAGCAAGUGCUUCUGUGGCGAAUAUGGAGAAGCUGCCGAAUGAAACACCUCGUGAGGCAGCGCCGGUAUCUCUCCCAACGGAAACGGAUCAGCUUGCGUCUGAGCUUGAAGAGGCGCUCCUGCAGGACUCUGAACCCGCGACCACGGAAGAAAGGCCCUCUGCGACGGCCGUUAGUGCCGCACGCCAGGCGGAACAGGCUCGAAAGGAUCUUCUCCGCCGCAAUUUAGAGCAGCGGAUUGCGGAACUGGAGCGGGAGAUCAGUCGUAUCGCGAACCCUCUUUUGCGCUCAAGAGUCCAGCGUCGCUUGGAACAGACGAAAGCGGAGCUAGAUCAGCUGAAUGCGGCUGAUUAA